UCUUGUCAAACUAGGCGUGCUCCUCAAUCCGUUUCUUGCAAAUUAACAAGCAAAAUCAAAACACAGAAAACGUUUUUAAAAUUCUCACCCUGUUUUGAAAAUUUCCUUUCUUCUCAUCUCUCACUCUCCCUCUCAGUUUGGAUCCCUCCCAAGUUUUCUUCUUUCAAUACAGUAUCUGGCUUUUAUCGACUGGGUAUGUCCUACUGAAUCUUUCAUUUUUAUGUUAAAUCACCAUCUUUGAUUCCGUUUUCGACACCUUGAUUUGUUAAUUAAUUGAUUCCAAUGAAUAAUGGAGAGGGGACUCGUGAGAACGCCUCCGAAGUCGCCUCUCCGGACGUGUCUGAUUCGUUCCCGCCGAAAUUGGACGGUGGUGAUGUGCCACCCGCGUCAUUGUCACAGUGCUCCUCGUUUGGGGAAUUCGAGUUCGAGCAAUAUCGUAGCGCGAACUCUGUUACGGGCACAUCCAGUAUGCGUAGCUUGUAUGUUACAUCGUUGAACGAUUGUUUAGAUUCUGAGUUUGGGUCUUUAAAGAGUCUAGGAUUCCGAGAAGAUGUUAAUUUUGAGAAUUUUAGUUUGGGUGGUAUUAGAAAGGUUUCUACUUUAGGUGAUCAUAAAAUUGAGUUUUGCAAACAAAGAAAUGAUGAUGAGGAUGUAAAAUUAGGGAGUGGUUUUAGUGCUUUGCCAUUGUGUGAUGAUAGUUAUGAGGGAAGAAUCGUUAAUGAGGAUAUGACAUUGAAUAGUUUUGGAAUGGUGAGUGGGGAUCAUUUUGAAUUGGAAGGUCCUGUUGACAAUCUAUUGAUUGGAGGGAGUUGUAGUGAUGUUGGGAGUGGUGAGAGGAGUGUGAAUGGUGUGAGAGAUGCUGUGGAUAUUGAAGAGGCCCCUUCGCUUUGUGUGGAUAAUAAAGAUAAGGGAAGUUGCCAAGAUGGUUUGCAUUUGCAAUUUGGUUCAGAGUUUGAUGGAAGGGAGAUAGAGCUGGAGCAAGAUGAGACUUCUUCAAAGCACUCAGAAGGUGAGGAUUCAAUAUAUGAUUAUAGUACUGAUGAGGAGCAUAACAAUAAAUCAUAUUAUCCUAGGAAUGUAGAAUAUGUACAGGAAGCAAAAUAUGAGAAGGAAAAUCCAUUACUUAUCAAUUCACAUGUAGCAUUUGGUUUGGAAGAUUGGGAUGAUUUUGAGCAAGAAGUGGGAGGAGGUACUAUGUCUUCACUGAUGUUAGAUAAAUUUCAAAAGAAGAGAGAUGUGAAUGUUGAAAGUGAUAGAAAUGUUUUAGAUUCUGUGAGCCCAACUGCUAUUCCAACUGAUAGGCAGAAAGAGCAAAACAAUGAUGUGAAAGAUUUGCCUGGAGUCAGCAGAAAAGUUCAAGAUGCUAAUGAUUCUGAAGAAAACAUUAAUAUCACAGUAGAAAACCCUGCUUGGUCACGCUGUCAUGUUAAUCAGGAGCCUUUGGAAGAAGAGAAAGACAUUUCUGCUACUAGUUAUCAAGUUCAUGGUGCUGAUGUUUUGGCUGAAAAUUCUAAAAGCUCUUUCUCAGAUCCCAUUAAUUUGCCAAGGUUUUCUGGGCUUGAUGAAGGUGUAAGUUCUGUUGUCAGAAAUCAAGUCCAAAGGACAGAAAAUACUGAAAGUUCUUCCCCUAUGUCAAUUUGUUUGCCAAGAUUUUCUGGGCUAGAUGAAGAUGAAGGAGAUAUUUCUAUUGCUACUAAUGAAGUCCAAGAUGCUGAUGAUGUGACCAUGUGCCAUAAUUAUGGUAGUGAUGAGGGGCAUAAAAAUAAAUCAUAUUAUCCGAGGAACAUAGAAUAUGUACAGGAAGCAAAAUAUGAGAAGGAAAAUCCAUUACUUAUCAAUUCACAUGUGGCAUUUGGUUUGGAAGAUUGGGAUGAUUUUGAGCAAGAAAUGGGAACAAGUACUAUUUCUUCACUGAUGCUAGAUAAAUUUCAAGAGAAGAGAGAAGCGAAUGUUGAAAGUGAUAGGAAUGCUUUAGAUUCUGUGAGCCCAAUUGUUAUUCCAAGUGACUGUCGGAAAGAGCAAAACAAUGAUGUGAAAGAUUUACCUGGAGUCAGCAGAAAAGUUCAAGAUGCUAAUGAUUCUGAAGAAAACAUUAAUAUCACAGUAGAAAACCCUGCUUGGUCUCCCUGUCAUGUUAAUCAGGAGCCUUUGGAAGAAGAGAAAGACAUUCCUGCUGAUAAUUAUCAAGUUCAAGGUGCUGAUGUUUUGGCUGAAAAUUCUAAAAGCUCUUUCUCAGCUCCCAUUAAUUUGCCAAGGUUUGCUGGGCUUGAUGAAGGUGUAAGCUCUUUUGUCAGAAAUCAAGUCCAAGGGACAGAAAAUACUGAAAGUUCUUCCCAUAUGCCAAUUUGUUUGCUAAGAUUUUCUGGCCCAAAUGAAGAUGAAGGAGAUAUUUCUAUUGCUAAUAGUGAAGUCCAAGAUGCUGAUGAUGUGACCAAGUACCAUAAUUUUGGCUCUGUUAGUAAUGCAUUUGUGUGGGAGCAGGAACCAUUGGUUGAGGCGGCUCCCUUGAAGAUGGGGUUGGACAUUAUUGAUUCCAGAUUGGAAAUUAUUGAUCAAUAUUUGAGUAACAAGGAACCCAGUACCAAUGACAGUGGAAUUUUAGAGAAGGAAGAAUUUGGGUAUUUUAAAGCGCAAUUGGCCCCUCUUGCUGAUAUUCCCAUAGAUCAACCUUGUGUUCAUUCAAUUGGAUCUGCUAACAUGUCAAAUUCAGAAAUUUUUGAAGACUGUGAGCCAAAACUAUCCCCUCCUACCUUUGUAGAUAUCUUGAGUCCAUCAAAGAAUGCUCCAGCCUCUGCAGAUCUUUCUGACAACCAUCUGGCCUUGACCAAGAAAGAGAAUCUUGAGUUACAUGAUUUUUAUGAUGAGGUUGUUCAUGAGAUGGAAGAAAUUUUACUUGACUACAAUGAGUCCCCUGGGGCUAUGUUCUCUCCGGGUAACCAAAUCUUUAAAUCUCAAGUUUCUCUGCCUCUGAGAGAUGGUGGGUCCACAGCUUCUACUUCUGGUACGGAUGAUGUUUACCCACCGACUGUACUCCCUCUGAAAAUUGAUGGGGUUGAAGUGGUAGGUGCCAAGCAGAAGAAAGGUGAUGUUUCACUCAGUGAAAGAUUGGUUGGAGUGAAGGAAUACACUGUUUAUAAAAUAAGAGUGUGGAGCAGAAAAGACCAGUGGGAAGUUGAACGUAGAUAUCGUGAUUUCUUUACUCUCUAUCGUCGCUUGAAAUCAUUUUAUGCUGACCAGGGCUUGAUUCUCCCUUCUCCCUGGUCAUCUGUAGAAAAAGAAUCACGCAAGAUAUUUGGAAAUGCAUCUCCUGAUGUUGUUGCUGAGAGAAGUGUUCUCAUUCAAGAGUGUUUACAAGCUGUCAUCUGUUCCAGUUCUUUUUCCAGCCUUCCAGGUGCACUGAUUUGGUUCUUGUCUCCACAGGAAUCAUUACCUAGUUCCCCUGUUUCAAAUAUUCCAGUUUCUCAGUCCACAUCUUUUACUGGAGGGGCAGACGCCCAAAACAUUUCUCCUUUAGGGAAGACCAUAUCUCUUAUUGUUGCAAUUCAACCACAAAAAUCCAUGAAACAGAUGAUAGAAGUACAACAUUAUACUUGUGCUGGAUGCCGCAAACAUUUUGAUGAUGGAAUGACUCUAAUACAAGACUUUGUCCAGACUUUUGGGUGGGGAAAACCUCGACUUUGUGAAUACACUGGUCAAUUGUUCUGUUCUUCCUGCCAUACAAGUGACACGGCAGUCUUGCCGGCAAGAGUAUUGCAUCAUUGGGACUUCACACAAUAUCCAGUAUCUCAAUUGGCCAAAUCAUAUUUGGAUUCUGUGCAUGAUCAGCCCAUGCUUUGCGUGAGUGCGGUUAAUCCUUUCCUGUACUCAAAGGUCCCAGCCCUACAGCAUGCACUGGAUGUUAGGAAAAAAAUCGGAGCUAUGCUUUCAUUGGUUCACUGCCCAUUUCGUAGAUCCAUCGACAAAGGACUUGGAUCUCGAAGAUAUCUUCUUGAAAACAAUGACUUUUUUGCACUCAGAGACCUCAUUGACCUUUCCAAAGGGCCAUUUGCAGCACUACCUGUAAUGGUGGAAAAUGUUUCAAGAAAAAUACUGGAGCAUAUUACAGAGCAAUGCCUUAUAUGUUGCGAUGCUGGAGUCCCCUGCAGUGCUCAACAAGCUUGUAAUGACCCAUCUUCUCUCAUUUUCACUUUUCAGGAAGGUGACACAGAAAAGUGUAAAGCUUGUGAAGCAGUAUUCCAUAAGCCUUGCUUUAGGAAGCUGGCACAAUGCCCCUGCGGUGCAAGUCUUGGGAUGGAUGAAGCUGCAAAUUCCGCCAAAAGGGUAAGCCACAAUGACAGUGGUGAGACUAAUGGAGCAUUGAUCACACUGGAGAAGAGAACAGGUUUUGGACUUUCUGCUGGACUGCUCUCGGGACUAUUCUCAAGGGCAAAGCUGGAAAAAAGCGAUAAUGUUAUUUUGAUGGGUUCUCUUCCAAGCACUACUCUGUAAUAAUCUGUAAUUGUAAUGUAUUAUUUGUAUUCUAGCUUGAACUGAAAGUGCAAUUUCCUUUGUUACACCUUUGACUAUUUGAGGUAAAUAUCGCAAUAAUGGAAAAGUGGCCUAUAUAUGAGGCUUGCAACCAAAUUGGGAGGUGAGAUUUUUUCUCUUUUUGGGUUAUUUUUAUUAUUAAUUUUUUGUAUAGCUGAAACGUAUGUAUAAAUCAAAGUUAUAAUUGUUUCCUGAGA